AUGGCUGAUCAGCUAACCGAUGACCAGAUCUCCGAGUUUAAGGAAGCUUUCAGCCUAUUCGACAAGGACGGAGAUGGCUGCAUCACCACAAAGGAGCUCGGCACUGUGAUGCGAUCACUUGGGCAGAACCCGACUGAAGCUGAGCUCCAGGACAUGAUCAACGAGGUUGAUGCUGACGGCAACGGAACGAUUGAUUUCCCUGAGUUCUUGAACCUAAUGGCCCGCAAGAUGAAAGACACUGAUUCUGAGGAAGAGCUUAAGGAAGCCUUCAGAGUUUUUGAUAAGGACCAGAACGGUUUCAUCUCCGCUGCUGAGCUUCGUCACGUCAUGACUAAUCUUGGUGAGAAGCUCACUGACGAAGAAGUUGAUGAGAUGAUCCGAGAGGCUGACGUGGAUGGCGAUGGUCAGAUCAACUAUGAUGAGUUCGUCAAAGUUAUGAUGGCAAAGUGA